UGUGAGAAAAGCGUGAAAAAAAAAGAAAAGUUUCCUUUUUAAUUAGGCCAGAAAACAGUUUGAAAUUCACGAAUUUGCUGACAAAACAGCAACCAGAGCAUGUCCAAGAAAAGUCUGCUCAAGGUAAUGUAAGGCCAUUUGAUUGGAGCUCGACUAGAACCAAACGCUUCUCUGCUUGAUAAAAAAAACCGCGCUAGUUGCCAAAAGCUAAACAAAAUGCAGCCGCCGCCGCGCAAGGGUAACUAUGUGAAAUUCCUAAAGAAUUUACACACGGAGCAGGUGGCCAAGUUGCAGCUAAAGAAUCAGCAUGAAUGCGAUCUCCUGGACGACAUUCGGCAGUUUACGCUCAAGCGAUCCGCCAUUGAGAAAUCGUAUAGCGAGGCGCUGCUUAAGAUCUCAUCGCAGUAUCUCAACAAGAAGAUACCCAAUAUACCCGAUAUUAAAAUGGACGGCAUGGAGGAGCGCUGGAACAUGUGGAGCGUUUGGCGCACCGUUUUGGAGGAGAACGAGAAGCUGGCACGCGCUCGGCUCGCCGCCAUCGAGGUGUUCCAGCAACAGAUCGCCGACGAGUCCAAGGUGCUGCGAGAUUACAAGCUGGCCAUUGCCAAGCGUUCGCUGGCGGGCAUUGUCAACGUGCAGAAGGAGCUGCACCUGAGCGUUGGCGAUGUGGACAAGACCAAGAAGUCGUACUUUGAUGAGGAGCACUGCGCCCACGAUGUGCGUGACAAGGCCAAGGACAUUGAGGAGAAGCUCAAGAAGAAGAAGGGCUCGUUCUUUCAGUCCAUAACGUCGCUGCAGAAGAACAGCGCCCGGGUCACAUCGCGCAAGGAGCUGCUCGAGGAGAAAUCCUCCGGAGCACGCAACGACUACAUUCUGAGUCUGGCCGCCGCCAAUGCCCAUCAGAAUCGCUAUUUUACCGUCGAUCUGCAAACCACAAUGACCACCAUGGAGAACUAUGUCUUCGAGCGGGUCGCCGAGUAUCUGAUGCUAAUGGGCCGCACAGAGCUGCUAACCUGUUCGGCGACGCAGAAUAGCUUUGGCAAGAUUCGGGAUCAAGCACAGCAGCUGACCCGGGAAUAUAAUUUGCAGUGCUGCUAUCUGUUCUAUCCGGUGCUGAAGCAGCAUAUACAGUACGACUUUGAGGCUUGCGAUAAUGAUCCGGUACGGAAGGUGACCACCGAGCACGACUCGGCUGCCGAGACGCUAACCAAGGAGGCCAAGAAUCUGGCGGGUCGUGUGGUCAAGGAGAAUGCCUCGAUACGCGAGCAUGCCAAGAAGUUGGCACUGUGUCAAUCGCUGCGGGAUGCCGGCCAGCGUACAGAUCCCAACGAUCCGAAUGGACCCGAUCUGGAUACGAAAAUCGACGAGUUCCGCGAUCAAAUACGUCGCUCUGAAACGGAAAAGGCCAAGGCGGAGGCGUGCCUCCAGUGUCUGCGCGAUGGCGGCAUCAAUGUGGACGAAUGGGUGCAGGAGGCGGAAAUAAUGGGCGUCCAGGAGCUAACACGCUCGGCCAGCUCCAUAUCCAUGCGCACCGAUGCCUCCGGCCAGGGUGAAAAUCCCAGCUCCGACUCGUUCUACGACAGCGACAAGGAGGAGGCAGCCGGUGCCACGGCCGUUGCCGUGGCCAAGCCCAAGCCGGAGCAGCAGCAGCAGUUCUCGCGGGAUCGCACCUUCAGCGACAGCGACGAGGAGCCCGAGGAGCAGGAGAAAGCACAGUCAAGCUCGGCGGCACCGGCGCAAAUGUUGAACGCCGGCAGUGCAGGCGGCUGGGACGAUCCGACCGAGGUCAAUUGGGAGGAGGCCGAGGACGACAAGGACGAGCCCAUUGUGCCCGAGCCCAAGGAGGCCAUCUUCAAGUGCACUGCGCUCUACAGCUACACGGCCCAAAAUCCUGACGAGCUGACAAUUGUUGAGAAUGAGCAGCUGGAGGUGGUGGGCGAGGGGGAUGGCGAUGGCUGGCUGCGUGCGCGCAAUUAUCGGGGCGAGGAGGGCUACGUGCCGCACAAUUAUCUGGACAUUGAACAGGACGCGGCCGGCGUCGCCUUCAAUGGUAGUUCUGGCAAUCAAUUGCGCUCACAAAUCUCAUUCUCAUCUGUCGAUUAUACUGUUGACAACGAAGAUCAGACCGUGGACUCAAUGCAAUCGCCCGACCAGGUAUCGGUCAUAAUGGCGCCACAAAAGCGUCUCAAAUCGGACGUCGAAUGGUGCAUUGCGCUCUACGAUUACGAUGCCACCGCCGAGGAUGAGCUCACCUUCGAGGAGGGCGACAAGAUCAAGAUUAUCACCAAGACCGCGCACGGUGUCGACGACGGCUGGUGGGAGGGCGAACUGGAUGGCAAAUUUGGUAAUUUUCCCUCGCUGGUUGUCGAGGAGUGCGACGAGAUGGGUGAACCGCUGAGCGAGGGCGUCGACGAUGAGUCACCGCCGCCAACGGCAGCGCCCAGUUUUGCAUUGCCGCCGGCGCCCGCUCUGCCGGCAGAGUAUGCCCACGAGCUGACGGACAUCACGGAGGAUAUGUUCGGCUCACAGGAUACGGCAGAUGAGGAUCGGGACAGCGGCUAUAUACCCAAUGGAGCUGCAGUGCCCAGCAUGCCUCCGCCAGUGCUUAUACAAGAGCCUGGCAUGGAGGACGAUUUCAGUGACGAUGAGAAGCCGCCACCGUCGUUACCGCCACCGCAGUUAACCAAACCGGUUGAGGGCGGAACGGCGACGGCCACCACAGCGAAUAGUUUGAAUUUAGGUAUGGCACAAAUAAUUGUUACCGCUGCAACCCCAAUGGUUGAAGACGGUGCCGAUAAAUCUUUCCCACCAGUAGGAGAAAGGGACAAUUCACAGCAAGCACAGAAGGAACAGAAACCGGUGUUGGAUAAAAAGCCCGAUAUUGUCCCGAAGCCGAAGGCUAAAGUUGCGGCACAGAAGCAGCCAUCGCCGCCGGCAGCGUCCGCUGCCAAAGAAGAGUAUCCAUCCUGUCAUGCAGAGGAUGAACAGUCUUUCCUGGAUGGCAGCGACUCCAACGCGGCCGAUGUGCCCGUCCUGCAGCAGCCGGAUGAUCCGUUUAUUGAGAAAUCCGCAGCCGGCGUUGUCCAGGCUGUUGGAGCAGCUGUUGCUGUUGAGGGCGGCAGCACUGGAUUUGAGGCCGACUUCGAGGCCAAUUUCGAUGCUAAUUUCGAUGAUGCAUUUGCCGCCAGCGGAGCUGCCGCUGAAGCAGGACCUGCAGCUGGUGGUGGGAGCGGGGGUGGCGGUGGGGGCGGCGGUCAGUCGAGCAGCUUGGACUUGAAUUGUGAGGCACCGGCCGAGGAUGUUAUUGAGACGCCCAAGCAAGUGGUCGGCGGACGGGCCAGCAUACCCGAGGAGCUAGACUCAAAUCAAUUGGCACGCCUGGAGAAUCUGAAAGAGUCGAAUGCCUAGACAGCUAAUGCCAAUUCCCUAAAGGCAACAGUCUGGCUCUACUUAAAUGUUGUUCGUUAUCUUUUAGGCACACACACACAACAAACAAUGAGCACGAUAAACGUUCUAUAUAGAGACUAAAAACCCGAAGCGCUCAGCUUGAGAACCACACACUGUAUUCAAUUAAGACAAGCAAGCACAUAUACUCUCACAGACAGGCGGGUCGCUGCGACUAUACAAUAAACACAGAUAAUCUAAGACAACGAUACAGCUCAAUAAACUCAAGCCCCGACCAGAUCGGAAGGCCAUAUAGUAAAAGUUCUUGGUAUAACCCCUUCUCUAUCGAUGCGGUCGUUGUAGUUCUCUCAGUCUCUGAAACGGAUCUUCGAAUAUCAGCUUAUAAUCGAGCAAUAAUAUAUAUAUAUAUAUGUAUUUAUAUAUAUAUGUGUAUAUAUCUAAGUCAACUACAUAUUAAUACGUAUUCUAGUUAAAAAUAUAACAUAUAUAUAUAUGUGUGUAUAAUUUAAUUGCGCUUGAUUAACAGUACGAAUACCAGCCAAAAUUUCAACUCAUAGUCAAAUAUUAAUGUUCUGUUGCAAAAGCAAACGUAAUUAUAAUAAUAUUAAUUAAAUAUACUCAUUGUUAGCACUAGGAAUUGUGCAUAACGUAGACAAUUUCCUUUCAGCUUCAAAUACAUAUACAUAUAUAUCUAUGUAUAUGUAUGUCUUCUUUAUGUAUAUCGUUGUACACUGUUAUUGAAAGUCUACUUAAAUUAGUUUAAUUUAGUUCAAUUGACUUGUUUUGAUUAUACCUGAAAUGCCUAUUGAAAUUUUUGCGAAUCGUCUAGUUAAAAUACUCAAAGCAUAAAUCAUUGAUUAACGUAUGUAGAGCUCUCUUUGGGUUCAGUUAAAUAUAAAAAUAAAUAAAUAUUAUAUACAUCAAAUUAUUGAAAUAUACCGCAAUGUAUUGUAUGUUAAUUUCCGGUGUGGCAAAGUUCUUGUCAUAAGCAAAAACUUCUGUUUAAAGGAUUAAUAAAUAAAUAAACAUUUCAAAACAGUAA